CUGGUGGGCGCCGGUGGAGCGAUGUCUGCUCGGUGUUGGUGGAAGUCCCAGGAGCUACGUAUUUAGUUUGAGGUUUGCCCGGGUGUUUGACGGGAGGCUUUGAUCUCCGCGUCUGCAGCUAAACAGUCACUUCGGGACUCGGUUCUUUGUAUCGCCCCGCCGCCCUCGGCAGGUGCAGGAUCCUGCUCCGGCAGAUCUGCGACAUCAGUCCUGGUGUCGCCUCCUCUCUGCCCGAUACCGUCUGGCAAUUACGUUUUAGAACUGACUGAUACAUACUGAAUCUUGCAUGCAUAAAUGACUACCUCUUUCUGACCUGGUCAUUAUCCUUGAGGAACUGUCGAAGCAUUAGGAAAAUGGUCUAAAAAUAUUUGGAGGGAGAAUAAGUGUUUCAACAAGUAACGCUCUAAUGGAUGACAGAGAAUUUCCACCAAAUGAUCUACAACUAGACUCAAAGGACAGUUUUCCUGCUGACUAUAGAGUGGAGAGUUUGGUAUCUCAUUUGGUUUCUUCAGCUGAUGAAAAUGAAAAUCAACUUGACAAUGAUGGGAAUGAGGUUCUGACCAGUAGUAACAUUACUAUGGGACGACAGAAUAAAGGUGAGCAGGACAGCAUCAAUAAUAAUGAGAAUAUGGACAGUGGAGACUGUACCCCAAGCUGUAAGGAAGGUGGGAUUGAGAGGAGAUCUGUAAAUGUCCAUAUGGACCCCCAUCUGGAGGAAAAGCCUAUUACAGAGAAGCAUCCAGGUGGAAAAAGAAGUCCAAGAAGCAAAAGAAGCUCCACUAAAAAAUCUAAAGGUGUUCCUCCAGUGGGAACCACAGCAAUCAAGGAGGAAAAUACUCUUAUUACAGAUACAGAUUCUGUGCAUGCUGAAGGUGCUGUUGAAACAAAUGAAAACUUUCACCAAAAAGAACAAACCCAAACAUUGCAGUCCCUUUUCUCAUUGCUCCGUGAAGAGGUUGAGCAGAUGGAUUCAAAGAUACUGCCCCUGUGUCUCCAUCAGAUAGCUGAGACCUAUUUUCAAGAGGAGGAAUAUGAGAAAGCAAUGAAGUUCAUUCAGCUUGAACGACUGUAUCAUGAGCAGCUGCUUGCAAAUCUUUCUUCCAUACAGGAGCAGUGGGAAAGAAAAUGGAAAAUGGCAGUCCCUAGUCCAGUUACAACACUGAGGAAUUCAGCUAAAGAACUGAGUGGUGAAGAGUUGGAAAAGCUUACUAGAGUUUGUUCUUCGCAUCAACAGCCACAGGCAUUCAGAAAUAAGCUAGUAGCUGCAGAAAAUACAUGGGAAAGCGUUUGUUUGCUUCAGUUAAUGGAAUCAAAAAAUUUAAAGGAAAGUGAAACUUCUGCUUUUAAAUCAGGUACCGAAACUUGUCCUGGCACCGAACCAAAGAAAGAAGAUAAACAGCUGAACACUAGUUCUCCAGGCAAGAACAAAACUGAGACACAGACAGAGGCAGCAAGCCUUUGGGUAGCUGCAGGAAAGGACCACAUGGAGGAGCAGCACUGCAGUGCUGAAUCAACAUUGGAGCCACACACCCAGUCCACAGGGACAGUGGGCAGGCCUUCUUCGGGCUGUUUAUCAUCUGGGGAUGCCGGUAAAGAUAACAGUUUGCAGCUGAGAGAAAGACAGCUCUCUAAGGAUGCAGAAGAAAUAGAACGCGCAGCUGAGGAGCCUGGAGUGAAGCUCCCUCUUGAGCCAAUGGUAGAUGCUUUGGUUUUAACAGAUGCUGAUUAUAUGCCUACUGAUUUGGUUCCUACCGAUAAAGAUGUGCAAGCUGAGAGAAAUCUGCUUAGAUCAAAACAUGCUGCUGACUCUUCAGAAGUUGCUAGUGGCCAGCCUGGAAAGAAUGAUUUAAAGCAGCAACAAAAGCAGCCUGAUGAUGAUGAAAAAUCUUCAUGGGACAGAACUGCAUCAAACGUAUGCUCUGGGUGCAAUAAAGUGUCUGAACGUGAGAGUACUGCCCAUUCACGAGUAUGCAAGGAAAUACAGAGAACAGCAGGACGUGAGGAGAAGGUAAAUAAUGAAGAGCAAGAAGAUUUAUUUCUCAGAUUUUUAAAUGGUAAUAUAAUAGACACUGAAGAAUCAUUUGCAAACUUAGCAAACCAGGAGGACUUUGACACAGUUCCAGACAUUUCACCUGAACGAGCAUCUUACAACUCGCUGGAAGCUUUAUCACUAGAUGACAGCUUUUCUUCUCUUGAUGAACUUGCAAGAAGGAUAGAGAUUGCUGAGAUUGCCCCGGCAGAAGGAUUGGUGUCUAUACUAAAGAAGAGAGAUGACAGGGAAGGAAAAACAAUUGCUCAAGUCCAGCAAAGGCAAACAAAGAGAAGAGUGCGAUUCCAAGAAAUGGAAGACACAUUGGAUCAAGAUGAAGUAGCUGGUGGCUCCUGUAUUUUGCUGAUCCUGCUGUGCAUAGCAACUGUUUUCCUUAGCAUUGGAGGAACUGCAUUGUACUGCACCUUUGGUGACGUGGAAUCCCCUGUGUGUACUGAUUUUGCAGCCAACAUGGAUUUCUAUUAUACCCAGAUAUUGCAGCGUAUGGAAGAACUUAAACACUGGAUAGCCUUCUCAUAGUUGAAAUGAGCAGAGACAGCACAUUGAGAGCUCACCAAUGGUUACUGGAGAGGGCAGAAAAAAAUUGUGAUUUCAAGUUCUCUAACGCUUGCCACCUGCAGGUGAUGUGUAUUUGAUGAUGUACUUACACUUUUACUUAGAAAUCAAGAAAAUUAUACUUUAGCAAUCAGGUGGCAAAAUGUUCACAUCUUAAGCUGUAGCAGUGUGGUAUGGGAGAAUAAAAAGUUAUUCUCUUAACCCUUUUGACAGUAGGCAAGUAGCUUUUCGACAAUUUGAGCAAGUGAGGAAGAAAGAAAAUGAACUGUCUUCUACGUGCUCUCCCAUUGCCACACAUUGUGUAAGCAAUCUCUGGAAGCUUAGUAAAAGGACAGCUUUAAUUUACAGCUGUUUGUGCAAAAGUGUUGCCUCCAGCUAUCAUGCAAUAAGUCUGUGUUUUAUGGAAACAUUAUUUUUCUUCUAAGUCUUACUAUUUUUCUCCGUUUUAAUUCUCCUGGUGAGCUGUGUAAUUAUUUGGGUGGAGUGAGAAGAGUGCGGCAGCAUUCACGGAGCUCUCAUUUGGUGAUUAACAGGCUGACCCUGUAUCUCAUAGCUUAUGGUGAAUAUCACGAGUGGGAUAAAUCUGCUGGCAGAUUUCACUAAAUUUCCUGGAACUUGCUCCCAGUAUUGUGGGGGCUGUUAAAAAAGAAAUCACUUGUCUCACUAAACACAGAAACAAAAGAUGUUUAGUAAAUUAUUCGCGUUAAAUAGUAAAGUGGCUUUGGCCAAUUUUAAAGCACCUGGUAGCAGGUGUGGGGCUAACUGGGUUCUCUGUCCAGCCCUGUCACUGACUUGCAGUAAUCACUUUGUGCCUCAGUUUCUCCUCCAUAAACGAGGAAUAAUGAUCCUUGCCUUUGUCUGUGAAUAUUUAUUACAAUUAGGGCUCAUGUCUGAUUCAUCCCAGAUGAGCGCACAGGAUCACUGAGCUGUGUGGCUGCAGCCUCUCUCAGUGAGUGAAUGCUUAUGUAAAGUGGGACUGAUCCAGCGGAAGAGAUUCAGAGGCUCACUGCAGAUCCGCGGCAUGUUAGUAGUCCAGGGCGCUCGUUCCAGCAGAUAAAGCACAUUUGCAUCUAUUUGCCCUGCGGUUCCGAGACCUGUAUUGUAAAAUCUGUUCUUUUUCUAUCAGCUAUACAAACAAAUUUAAAUCAGUACAAAGAGUCAUUUUAAAUGGCUAUUUCUGUCACUUGGUGCUCAGCCCUCCCUGUGUGGGAUGCGAGAGAAACACUGACAUGACUGUGAAGGUGAGAAUUAAAUACACAGGCCUUUGGCCCACACUCUGGUCAAACUGUGGGAAAUGUGGGAACUGUUCUUGCACGGGGCGUAAUGGCCGAGCCCUGCUGAAGGUGUUAGUGUGAAACGAUUCCUUUACACCUCAGGAAACUGCAUUUUUGAGGGGUCCACUUCACUCCACUCCGUGAUUUCCUGCUUACUACCGUUGUAUGACGCAGUGUGUUCAGGUUUAGAAUAUUAUUUUGUAAAAUACUAUGAAACGAAAUCUUCAAGAUACUGCUCAGAAUUAUAACAUUAAAUGAUCAUGCUUUCUGGCAUUUGCAAGCAAAUUGUCCCUCUAGUGAGCUUGAUUGUUCCUAACGCACUGUUAUACUUAACGGGUUCUUGAAGUGAAAGUUAAAAUCACAUUUUUUUCUAGAAUAAACUGCAUGUAUGAUUUCUCUUUUUGUUUUCACUGUGGAGGCUUAGUUUAUUUAUACCUUAGGGAGCCUCAUGUGCAGCUUUAUAUUCAACUAGAAAAUUGCCCAAAUUAAUGAAAACUUUUGCUUUCAGAAUGAAACUUGAGAACGGUAGUUUGGUAUAUUUUUUGUUUGUUGUCCUCAAGAGUAUUAUAAUGCUGGGCUAAUCUAAAGGAGAAAGGGAAAGACACUUUUGUAUUUUAAAGUGUUACUGGCUGGUUCAGUUUAUUAUUUCAAGUCUGGGUUUGUUUAUUUAUUUAGUUUUUCUUUUAAAGAGAAUCUUAAUUUUCUUUUUUGGUAAUUUGCUCACAGAGUAAUUAUAAAGCAUGCAUUCAGUUGAAAUAUGUAUUUAUAGUGACUAUGUGGUUAGAAUAUAUUUUGGGUUUCUGUAACUUUGCAUCGAGUGUUUCAGGAUAUUAAGUUUAUUCCUAAAGAGACAACUGUUGAUUUCAGCUUAAAAAAGUCUUUUUAAGUUUUUGUGCACUUCAUCACCAAAAAGAUCGAGAGGUAUAUAUAGAACUAUUUAUUCAGAAGUAUAUCAGAUAUGGAGGUCAAAGAUCCUCUACGUCUAGGUUCAUUUAAUUAAAACUAUUUUUAAAUAAUUAUUUUAUUUAAAACUGUAAAGCUAUUUAAAGUCAAAGCAUUUUUUAAUAAGCAGUUCGGUUUAAAAUCAGUGGUCCGCAUCCUGGUACGUCCACUUUGUGCUAUAUUCCCAGUACAAAGACUCAGUAGUAUCAGCAGAACUGCUUACAAGAAGAUCCUGAAGAGGUUGGGCAGCACUCUGCCAACACGUACCUGAUGAAAACUGAGCAACCAGGCGUUGUGUGUAACUCCGCUACCUUACACUGGUGGUGUAACUUGGAGCAUCUCUCCAGCCUUCCCAGCCUAUGCCAAGGUACCACACCUGCAAAGUCUCUCAGGAUUUGAAGGAGCAGAAGGGGCACGUAUGCACAGGCUGCCCGGCUCCUGAUCUGAGCUGUUUGCUCUUCAGUUGCAACCGAGUGGUUGAAUCUGGAUCUAAUUUCUGUUGGCAUUCCUUUAUAAAAAGAUGAUGGUACUAAUCCUUGCUUCGUGUGACAGUUCUGUUAGUGCAAAUAGUUUGCGUGGUCUGUAGUACGUUAUCAAACUUGCAGCUACCAACAUAACACAACGUGCUUUGCGUUGAACUCCAAAGGGUGUGCAGGUGGGCCUGAUGUUGGCCUUCCUAUAUGCUUUGUUCUCUUUAGAUUGCUGGUGACAUUGCUUCCACCUGGGUGACCUGAGGAGUUACGAUCUUACGGUCAGGUAAAUCCAAGCUAAAAGAAACAGUUGGUUUCAACAGUUGUUCCUCUUGCCUGAGGUAAAAUAAUACUGAGCAACAACUGAGACUGUUAGAAGUAGGAAGAAAACGGAGGAAAAAAAGCUUUCCCCCUGCCUGGAUUUGUGCAUUUUAAAGCCCUUUUUUUAUAAGUUUUUAUUUAUUCUGUUUCGUUCCCUGCCACUGUCUUUAUGGCUGUUCUGCUUGGCAGUAGAGGAAACAUUAUGCCAGCAUAAAAUCAUUUGUAGUUGGUAGGAAAAUUCAGGGAAUGGUUCAGUACUUGACAGUAGCUCAAAGUAAUUUCUUAAAAUAUGACUGGAUUUCAGGCUGAUAGUGUGCCUUCAAAGAAGUCGUGGCCACUUAAUUACCUGCAGCACUCUACUAGAAACCCCCACCUUCCCGUUUAUUCUUUGAGCAUAAUUAUUUUGAAGAGAUUCUCGCGAUAGAGCAAAACCAACAAGACUUUUGAUGUGGAUUCAGCAUACGCUGCCAAAAAGAGCUUUCUGAUGACAUAAUUAACACCCUCACGCCAAAUAGCAUAGACUAGACCAAGAAAAGCACUGUGCUGUAGCGUAGCCACACUAUACUACAGGCUUGUUUUCAAACCAGAGUCGGUAAGGAAGCAGAUAUUCCACAGCCCAGAUAUGCCAGCAGAAGUUUGUAAUCUAGGUACAGCCCAUGUUUUAAAAGUUUUCUAGUAUCUUGCACAGCCCUGGUGACAAGCAGUAGGAAGUAGUCUAACAAAAAGAGAAACUCUUGUUUAGGAUUUUCAUGAGUAAAGGGCAAGCUUGAACUAUCAAAUAAGCAGAGUAGAUUGGAAGUCCAAAUUCUUGUGUGACUGGGUACUGUUCCACCCAAUAACCUAAAGGGAUGUUGCCCUCCUAAGAAAACAUGUUUGCCUACUUUGUACUGUAAUGUAAAACCAAGAUCAUCUGAAAGGACUAAUAACUAUUUGUAACAAAUCUAACUGAAGCUUCCUUUAGCGAAAGGAGUAAAUAAUUGUGUUUGAAAUCGUCACCCAAGCUUGUAAUUUAAAUACUGUAGCAAAAAAAAAAAUAAAAACUGUCCCAAAGAAAAUACA